AUCACUACACUAUCUAACUUUUGGAUAGGCUGAUAUCCUUUCAAACUUUACAUUUUGUUGAAUUUGUCGAUUAUUGUUAUGAUAAGUUACAUAAAAAAAAGUUAGUUAAAGAAAUAAUAUUUGGUAGUAGUCUUCAUUGGACGCAGUUAACUUUCAUUUUACAUCAUGCUGACGUUCUGGUUACUAGCGGUUAUUAUAGCUCUCUUUUACUACUAUGCUAUACGACCAAUGAGUUAUUGGAGACGAAAAGGAGUUAUAUCAGAGGAUGGCUAUUGGCUUUUUGGAAGUCAAUUAAGGGUACUUUUUAAUUUAGAAAGUUCUUACGAGAUGUUGCAACGAGUCUAUCAACUAGCUCCAAAUGCAAGGUAUAUAGGAAUGUACGAACUUACAACACCAGUUCUAAUGAUAAAAGAUCCAAAGCUUUUGAAACAAAUCACUGUGAAGGAAUUUGACCAUUUUGCCAAUCAUAAAGCCGUUAUACCCGAAGGAGCUGAUUCACUUUGGUCAAAUAAUCUGCUGUCACUUAAAGAUGAGCGAUGGAAAGAAAUUAGAGCAGUACUUAGUCCUUCUUUCACUAGCAGCAAGAUGAAGAUGAUGUUCGACCUUAUGAGUGAAUGCUCGAAAAACCUUGUACAGCAUUUUUCAAAAAUAAAUGAAGAUAUCAUUGAAAUUAAUACAAAAGAUGCAACUUCCAGAUUUGCCAAUGAUAUAAUUGCUUCCACUGCUUUUGGUGUCAGUACAGAUUCUCUAAACAACCCCAAUGACGAGUUUUACUCGAUGGCUGGCAAUCUUACCAAUUUUACAUUAUGGGCCAAUCUGAAGGUGAUUGGAUUUGUAUUUAUGCCAAAAUUAUUGAAGCUACUAAAAGCCAACGUUUUUUAUGGUCCUGCGCGAAGAUUCUUUAUUGAUAUUAUAGAAAGUACCAUUAAAGCAAGGGAAGAAAGAAAGAUAAAACGUCCAGAUAUGUUAAAUCUUCUACUCCAAGCUAAGAACGGCGACAAGAACAAAGAUGAAAUUAAAUCAAAACACGAAAGUAACAAUGUAAGCAUCACCAAUGGAGACAUAAUUUCCCAUGCUCUCGUCUUCUUCUUGGGAGGGUUCGAUUCGGUUUCCAACACGAUGUGUUUCAUCGCUUACGAACUAGCAACAAACCUUGAAGUUCAAAAAAGACUGAGGGAAGAAAUCGAUCAAGGAUUUGAGGAAUGUAAUGGAAAUUUGACAUAUGAAGCAGUGAUGCAAAUGAAAUAUUUCGAUAUGGUCAUUUCAGAGGGUUUAAGAAAAUGGCCAAAUUUCCCAGAGAGUGACAGAGAAUGCAGCAAAGAUUUUUUCAUAGAACCAGAAAGUCCAGAUGAGGAACCGUUGAACCUAAAACGUGGAAUGGUUGUAUCUUUGCCGACCAUGUGUAUGCACAAAGACCCCAAAUACUUCCCAGAUCCAGAACGCUUCGAUCCUGAGAGAUUCAACGACGAGAAUAAGGACAAAAUAGAUCCGUACACUUACUUUCCCUUUGGACUAGGUCCUAGGAAUUGCAUUGGCUCGAGAUUCGCUACACUGGAGAUGAAGGUUUUGUUCGCUUAUUUGUUGCAUCAUUUUGAAAUUGUCCCUGUUGGGAAAACUGAAAUUCCUGCGCAGUUGAAAAAGCGUACCUUAGAAGGUAAUCUUCAACUUUCUAAUGGUAUGCCUUUAGGAUUGAAGCCAAUAAAGAAGAUAAUGUAUUUUAGAUUAGGCCAAAAGAUGCUUCAGUUAAUUCUCUUAGGAUUAGUAGUAGUGCUGUUUUAUUGGUAUGCCAUAAAACCCAUGAGCUAUUGGAGGGAAAGAGGAGUUCUUCAGCAAAAGCCGAUGUGGUUGUUUGGAGAUAGUUGGAGAAUAUUUCUUAGGUUAGAAUCGUUUGCAUCGAUGUUCCAGAGAGCCUAUGAUCUAGAUCCUAACAGCAGAAUUGUGGGUAUAUAUCAAUUUACUACACCUGUAUUACUGAUAAAAGAUCCACAGCUAUUGAAAAAAGUAACGUUAAAAGAUGCGGAAUAUUUUAUGAAUAGAAGGCAGGUUCUUCCUGAAAACGGAGACCCACUAUUUACUAAAAACUUAAUAGGACUAAAAGAUCAAAAAUGGAGGAACAUGCGCCAUAUUCUUACCCCGUCCUUCACCAGUAGCAAAAUGAAAACUAUGUUUGCGCUGAUAGACGAAUGUUGUAUCAAGUUUGUAAAACAUAUAAGCCAAAAGGACCAAGAAGUAGUGAAAGUAACGAUGAUGGAUAUUGUUGGACGAUUUGCGUGCGACGUCAUUGCUUCUACUGCAUUUGGUUUCCGCAGUAACGCUAUGGAGGAUCCGAAUAAUGAUUUUUAUGUAAUGAGUGAAGAUCUUACAAAUUUUACUACUGCAAGAAAGUCUUUCAAGAUUAUCGGGUUUAUGUUAGUUCCUAAAUUAUUAGAGCUAUUCAACGUUUUCUUAUUUGAUGGAUAUUCGAGACAAUAUUUCUUGGAUCUCAUAUCUAAAACAAUAAAAGACAGAGAAGAAAAAAAUAUCGUUCGAGCCGAUAUGAUUCAUUUAUUAAUGGAAGCAAAGAAAGAAUCUGAAAAGUCCUCUUCGGCUAUACAAGAGAUCAACGUAGAAGACAUUACUGCACAUGCUAUCAUUUUCUUCUUUGCUGGUUUUGAUUCAGUAUCUAGUUUGAUAUCAUUCAUGUCCUACGAACUAGCUCUUCAUCCAGAUAUACAAGAUAGAUUAAGGCAAGAAAUUGACGCAGGUUUUAAAGAAUGUAACGGUAAAAUGAACUACGAGACACUAAUGAAGAUGAAAUAUUUAGACAUGGUUAUCUCAGAAAGUCUAAGAAAAUGGCCAAGUUUUCCCUUGUCAGACCGAUGGUGUAACAAAACCUACACGCUAGAACCCGAAGCUCCCAACGAGAAGCCAAUAAUCAUCCAAAAAGACUUACUAAUCAUCAUCCCUAUUAAAGCAAUCCACCGUGAUCCAAAAUACUUCCCCGAUCCAGAACGUUUUGAUCCAGAAAGAUUCAGCGACGAAAACAAGGAUAAGAUUGACCCAUAUACGUAUCUACCAUUCGGACUAGGACCUAGGAAUUGUAUCGGUUCAAGAUUUGCUCUGAUGGAGAUCAAGAGCUGGUUUGCACAUGUACUGCAUAAUUUUGAGAUAGUUCCAACUGCAGACACUCAAAUUCCCGUACAAGAAUCGAAGAAAACUUUCACUCUGCAACCGGAAGAUGGUUUGAAGUUAGGUUUUAAAAGAUGUCAAAAAAUAUAAACUACUUUUAACUAUUAAAUUUAGUAUUUUUGAA